UCAGUCUUGUUUAAAGCUAUGUCCGGUAGAGAAGUAAAAAUUAUACGUGGCGUAGAGUUCAGUGCUUAAAUUGAAAGAAAUCAAAAUAAAACGAAGACGUUUCAAGGCUCAUGAUUAUAGAAAUAGUAGCACAUUAAGAAACAGAAUUUCGCAUUUUCAUAACGUUUACUAAUUUUUGGAAAAAAUGUGCCAAUUAUUUCGAAUUUUGUUGACAUUUUACAUCCUGACAGUAGUGGUUAAGGCUGAAAUUGCCAUAUUUUAUGCUACAAAUUUCAUCAACCAUUCAACAUCAUCUGGAUGUUCACCAAAUUCUGUAGAAACUUGGCAGUGCUCAAAUGGUCAGUGUAUACAGUCGGACGAUCUAUGUGAUGGAGUGCCACAAUGUGAUGAUAAAUCCGAUGAGACUGUGGAAAAUUGCUUGAAUAUGCCAUGUCCCAAAUAUGCCUUCAGAUGUGCCUACGGUGGUUGCAUACCAGGAUCUUAUGAAUGUAAUGGGGUGUUGGAUUGUCUGGAUGGCUCCGAUGAGAACUGGUAUCUGUGCAACAGUUCCGCUAACUUUAACAAAGACAUAAGAGGCAAUUGUGGUUCAUCCACACAAAUGAUGUGCAAAUCUGGCGAAUGCAUAAAUGGCGAGAAAUUAUGUGAUGGUUUGCAAGAUUGCCGUGAUGGCAGUGAUGAGACAGUGGAAUAUUGCAGUUUCUUGAAGUGUCCCGUGUAUGCGUUUCGUUGUGGCUAUGGGGGCUGCAUAACGGGCAGUGCCCAAUGUGAUGGUAAACGAGAUUGCUUAGAUGGUUCAGAUGAGCUGCCGAGAUUGUGUGGGCAACUCAAUAUACCGCGGCGGAAUGAAACUACAAUCACCUCCACAGAGUCUAGUUCGUUUUCUUCUUCACCUUCCUAUUCAACUACCUCGUCACCAACCUCUUAUCCUACUUCCACACCUUCCUCUUAUCCUACUUCUUCAAUUUCCUCUUAUCCUACUUCUUCAACUUCCUCUUAUCCUACUUCUUCACCUACCUCUUAUUCCACUUCUACACCUUCCUCUUAUUCCACUUCUUCACCUUCCUCUUAUCCUACUUCUUCCCCUACACGUUCCCCUACACGUUCCCCUACACGUUCCCCUUCACGUUCCCCUACACGUUCCCCUACACGUUCCCAUUCACCUUCCCCUUCACCUUCCCCUUCACCUUCCUCCCCUCCCAUGCUUUGCUCUCCAAAACCCCUUGGUCGUGGAAUUUCCACCAAAGCCAAAUGUUCAUACAACAACCGUAUGACAAGUUGCUACAAUAAUUUGCGCAUGGGUACCAAGGCGGAGAUUUCCUGUGCUGCCGGUUACACCACAAACGCAAGACAAACCAUAGCGAAUACUACCCUAGUUUGUGGACAUGAUGGCCAAUGGAAUAAUUCCAAAUUUAAAUGCCUUCCCCGUUGUGGUGAGCUUUCACUUGAGCCCGAGGGCAGUACUACAAAACCCUGGGAUGUGACCAUAUUUCGACGUUCAUUUGUGCCUACUUAUCAACCUAUUUGUAGUGGAACCAUUGUCUCACCGAAGAUUGUAAUAACAGCUGCCCAUUGUUUUACAUCCCAUGGUGAUGGUUAUGCCACCGAACAUGUGCUGUAUAAUGUUGUCGAAGGCUAUUACAGCUUUAGCUACGAGGAGGCGGAUGCCCUUAACGCUGUUGCCCAUAAAAUAUCGGCGAUACAAAUCCACAAUUCAACCGAGUCGGAGAGCCUGGCCUUAUUGGUAUUGGUCAACUAUUUUCAGUUUUCUCGUUUCCUGCAACCCAUAUGUCUACCCGAUGCACUUAGCAAUCGGUCAUUAGCUAAUGUUAGACAUCUGAAUAUUGGUCGCGCAGUAACCAAGAACGAUUCGCGUCAGUACUUGGAGUUUAUUAUAUCGCAUGUGAAUGCAUCUCAGGGUAGUGAUGCUUAUAAAUACAUAGAAAUGAAACAUUUUCUACCGAUUAUUAAUGAACAAGUAAAACGUUACAAUAAAAUACUUUAAAGUGUCAAGAGUGAA